CGGCCCAGCGCAGCGGCCCGCCGCCACGGGGCUGCGGAGCUGCCGGCGCGGCAAGGAGUGCCCCGGGGACGCGGCCCGCGCGGCACCGCCGGUGCUCGGCGCUGCCGGCCGCCAUGGGGGAGCAACCCAUCUUCAGCACCCGAGCUCACGUCUUCCAGAUUGACCCAAACACUAAGAAGAACUGGGUUCCCACCAGCAAGCAUGCUGUUACUGUGUCCUACUUCUAUGACAGCACAAGAAAUGUCUAUAGGAUAAUAAGUUUGGAUGGCUCAAAGGCAAUAAUAAAUAGCACUAUCACCCCCAAUAUGACAUUUACUAAAACAUCUCAGAAGUUUGGCCAGUGGGCAGACAGCAGGGCGAAUACAGUCUAUGGCUUGGGAUUUUCAUCUGAACAUCACCUUUCAAAAUUUGCUGAAAAAUUUCAGGAAUUCAAAGAAGCUGCACGCCUAGCAAAGGAAAAAUCCCAUGAAAAGAUGGAGCUAACAAGUACACCAUCUCAAGAAUCAGCUGGAGGGGAUAUUCAGUCUCCUUUGACACCGGAGAGUAUUAAUGGGACAGAUGAUGAGAGAGCAACGCCAGAAGUGACGCAGAACUCAGAACCAAGGGCUGAACCAACCCAGAACGCAUUGCCAUUUACCCAUAGUUCAACAAUCAGCAAGCACUGGGAGGCAGAAUUGGCCACACUCAAGGGUAAUAAUGCUAAGCUCACAGCAGCCCUGCUGGAGUCCACUGCCAACGUAAAACAAUGGAAACAACAACUUGCCGCAUAUCAGGAGGAAGCAGAACGUCUUCAUAAGCGCGUGACUGAGCUAGAGUGUGUGAGCAGUCAAGCCAAUGCGGUCCACACGCAUAAAACAGAAUUAAACCAGACAAUACAGGAGUUAGAGUCCACGCUGAAGAAAAAAGAAGAGGAAAUAGAAGGAUUGAAACAAGAGAUCGACAAUGCCAGAGAGCUCCAGGCACAGAGGGAUUCUCUGACCCAGAAGUUACAGGAAGUAGAAAUUCGAAACAAAGACCUGGAAGGCCAGCUGGCUGAUCUAGAGCAACGUCUGGAGAAAAGUCAGAAUGAGCAAGAAGCUUUUCGCAAUAACUUGAAGACACUUUUAGAAAUUCUUGAUGGAAAAAUAUUUGAACUAACAGAGUUACGAGAUAACUUGGCCAAGUUAAUAGAAUGCAGCUAAAGAAAAUGGGAUUUCAGUGCCAAUCAGCUUAAAGAUGCACUGUCUCUCUUCAUAGGACUGUGUUGGGCUCUGCAUCAAAGUUGCACAAAAUCAGAAAAUGCUCCUCUGAGAGGGCUUGUUUUAAAUUUGAGUCAUAUUUCAAUGUAAAAUGUAAAACUCAGCCUGUAGCUAGUUGAAAAAAA